AUGCGCUGCGCUAUCCGGAUCUGCUCCUCCUCCGUCAGCUGCGUGGCCAGCCGCGUCUGGCUCGGCGUGGGGUGGUACACAGGCACGGGCACCUGCUCCUGCAAGCAACAUGGUUCCUAUGACUUUACAAGUUCUCCCAAGCUGGAAUCAGCUAUGGGUAUGUUUGAGUCUCGGGUUCCCUCCCGGCACAGCCACCCGACGUGUCUGACACAGCCCAUUAAAGCAGGAAUUUAUGGUCGCCAGCUGGGGGCUUCUACAGUUUCACAUUCUAGACAAGAACCUCUUGUCAGAGGAGUAACUGGGGAGAGGUUCGGGCCGCCCAGCGCCGGAGCGGCGGCGGCGGGGAGGCGGCGGCCCCCGGGGCGGUGCGGGCCGGCCCCCGGGCGAGCGGCCCCGCGACCCCCGGCAGCCGCGGCGGGGCCCCGCUGCCCCCGGCCCCGCUGCCGCCCCCUCCCCUACCUGAUAUGGCGGCGGCGGCUCCUGAUCCGGCUCAGCCCCGUCUCCGUAGCUAGCUCUGUCCGACUGGGACUCGUGGAGCAGCGAGAUGUCAUCCGAGGUGGGGGACUUGAGGCAGUUCCCCAUCUUCCCGGGGGGAGCGCGGCCCCCCCUCCGCCUCCUCCCGCUCCGGAUCCGCGCCCUCAGCCUCCCCGCCGCAGCGCGCAGCCCGCAGCCGCCCCGCCGGGGAGGCUCAUGCCAGCCCCGGCCCUAAGCGGCUUAGCAGCUGCAGCCCGGCCGCCUCCCGCUCUCGCUCCGCAGCCGCCCCGACCCCCGAGCCAGGGGGGCGGCAGGACGGGCCUCCCACCCCCCGUGGGGCAGCGGGCUCCGGUGGGUCCGCCCGCCCCGCGGCUGCCCGGCGCGGUUCUGCUUCCCGGUCACCAGCUCCCUGCGCACUGGGCUUUGUCGCACGGGCCGCCCUGGCUCCUCCUCUCACCCCUCCCCGCCGGGCCCGGGGAGCAGCCGCGGGGCCUCGCCGGGCUCCGCGCCCCCCGGCCCCGCCGCGGGGACAGCCCUGCCCGCCCCCGACGGAACGAGGCGGGACAGGACGGGCUGGGGGACCCAGCCGCCUGCUGGGCUCCCCCGGCCCCAAAAUGGUGGGAGCCGCUUCGCUCCGCCCCCGAGCGCGGUGUUUGUUUGUGUUCCGGGCAUGGCGGAGCCGGCGGCCGCUCGGGCCCGGCGGGGCGGGACAGGGCGGGAUGGCAGCGGGACCCCCGCACCACCCGGCCCGCCCCGCCGAGGGCUUUGUGCGGGGCCCAGGCACCUUCCCAAGGGCUCCCCCCGGGCGGGUCCCCUGGCAGGGAAGGGUUUCCCCGUGCUGGUCGCUGGCGUGACCCGAGGAGCACGGUCAAUGUAGGCACAGGGCAUUUGAAGCCCAGAGUGGAGCAAAAUCAGCAUAGGUACAGGAUGCUUGGAAUCUGGUCAUGUUUGAAAAAAUGCAGACUUCUCAAGUGCCAGAAGAGACCUGCUUUUCAUGGUGGACUCACAGAGACUGAAGAGGAAGCAGAGGUUCAUGUUUGGCCUUGCACCAAGACAGACUGCACCUGUGAGAGCUCGGAAGAGGAAGAGCUACUACCAGUCAUGCCUGGAUUCUUGGAAGUAGGGGUGGUUGAAGGCACUGCUUUUGCCAGCCAUUCACUCCUGUUUUGUCAGAUAGGUCAUUAAUAGUGGCUUUGCACCGCUGGCUCAAAAGCUGUACAAAGGUCCAGGAGAUGGAAAAUGGAAAUAUUUUAGUGUUCACAAAUGUUUUUUAAUAUCCUUGCAUAUGCUAAGGUGUAGCUGUGAGCCUGCUCCUUUUGCUACCACGCUUUUUGCAGGUUGGGGACAAGGAAGCAGAGGGAUGGGUCCUCAGAGGAUGGGAUUUAUGAGUAUGGUUUCUGUGUUUUAGCAGAAGCACAGGGCAGUUUAACUUCAGUUCUCUUUGGUUUUUUACUUCCUCUACUUAGUUUGGAGAAGAAGUAAUAGUCAGAAUGGAUUUUCUAGGGCCUUAAAAUGCUCCUAUAGAGGAAGAAAGAUUCAUGUUGUGGCUUAGGGCUGCACAAAUACUACAGAUGGAAAAGAUCAUGCAAAUACAAAAUUUAUGUCAGACUAAUAUCAAUACAGAACUGGCCACACAAGUCAAUGAAACUUUUUCUCACCUCUAGACAUUUAAACAGUUGGCUGUAAUCUGUUGUCAGAGUGGAAAUGUUUAUGUUCUGAAGUUUGCCAGCGUUCAGAAUUCAUGUUCUGGUACACUUCAAUACAACAAUGUCACACAUGGGUCUGUCCUCACCACCUUCUGGCAGCUACCAUCUUCUCAGUGAAAUCCAUCUUUCAAAACAGAAUGGAAAUUCAAGAAAAAGAGCUUUAAACUGCAGACGAAGUUUAUAUUUUAUUUUAUAGGUUUUUGAUAUGAGAGGAGGCAAGUGACGUAUUGGUGUAUUCUUGAGGCUCAUACGAGAUAGACAGAGAUGAAGAACUGUUUUACUGAAAAAUUCAUUUCCUUUUGAGUUAAAAAUCUGAAAUCCUCUGAGGACAUAAAAAGUCCUUCUUGUUAGGAGUUCCUCUACAAAAUUGACGUCAUAAAUUGCCUAAUUUUUAAAUGAAAGACCCUUUGAUAACAGCAUUUUAUGUGAUCCAUGUUCAUGUUAUUGUUGGACAACAUUUUGGAUAUAUUUAAUAUGUCUUGCUUAACAAAAGUUUUUGAAAGACCUUUUCUGUCCUUAGCAUGGAAAAGUUUUUUCACUUCCUUUUCUUCCAUCAAGCUUAUUUUCCCAGCACUUAUCAUCUCUCAUUAGGUCUUAUCUUUCUUCUGGAUAGGAUUGUUUUCCCAAUUCAUGCACAGAAGCCCAGUUAUUUCUGAGUGCAGUCUUUCCAUGCCAUGGUACCCAGAGGUUCAGAGAUAACUCUGUUUGCUCGGGUAAUGUUGGUGAAUAGAACACAAUGCAAUUUUAAAACCUUUUUCUGGAAGGAAUAAAAAAAGGACUUUGUAUACCUCUGGAGAAUGGAAGUAAAUUACAUUCUUCCAUUAUGUAUGUGAAUCUGAUUAUGAGGAUGGUGGAAUUAAUUUAUCUGGUUAUAAAGAACAUGCCAUCUUCUAAAAUGCACAUGAUUAUUUUUAGUUUUGUUGAUUUUAGCUGAACUGUAGAUGUUUCUCAGUGUAUGUUACAACUGCAUAUUGCUUUCUGAGACAGAGUGAAUGCAGCACUAGAAAGCAAUUAUGGAACUAAUAUAUUUCCCUGAAAUGUACUUUGUGAUGCAGGAUUUUACUCAUGUUUCUAAAAAUUACUUAAACUUCUGCCUAAAUUAUCCUGGUAUCACAAAUAUCCCACUUAUAUCAAUUUAUCCCAAAGAUACCAUCUUGGUGAGGGGAAGUAUUCCAUGACUGGCAAGAAUAACUUGCCUUCCAUAAUAACAGUUUUCCCCAGGUCCAAAAUGUUUUUUCAGCCAGGAGUGUAAUGCCUGCCUAUUCUGGGCACCUACACUGUGAGCCACAAAGAACAGAAAGAACAUGUAUUUUGGGACUAAAACACCCAAGCAACAAAGCAGACAGUCACCAUACAAAGGUAACCUCUUCAAACAAACCCUCUGUCACCCAGCUUCCUGGGGAAUUUUGUGUAGGAAUAAUUUUUUUUCUCCUUGUACCACAUGUUGCCAUAGUCUCAACUUCAAGAAUGAUCAGAGACCUAUAAAACAUGAUCUAAGGGGGAAGAUUGAAAGAAUUGGGGUGGUUUAGUCUGAAGAAAAGGAGGGUGUUGGGAAAAAUGGUAAUGAUCUUUCAAAGAUAUAAAAUGUUUCUCUGCAGAGAGAAGGAAUCCGUUUUUCUUUAUGUUCAGUUGGUCUAGGGCAAGAGGUGAUGGACUUGGAGAUUUAACGUAGAUAUUAGGAAAUUAUUUCAAACUGAAAAUGUAGUUUGGCAGUGAAAAUGAUUAUCUGGGAAUCUCAUUUGCUGAAGGCUUUGAAAGGCAGAUUAGGUCACAUGUUUCAGGAAUGGUUUUAGUUGCAGUAGAUUAUAUGGAGAUAACCCCAAAAGGUUCCUGGCUGGUUUAUGAUGUUUUGUUUCUCUCAGGUGAUUUACAGCAGAUGCUUUACUGCUCUGUUAUUUUGAUUCUCAUUCUUAUAUCCUCAGAAAAUGCCAGUAAGAAAAUAUGUCAGUAGUUUAAAAAUUGGGUAAGUAGGAUGUGUGGGGAUGUUUCCAAUAGCAGAGUACUAAGAACUCACAGUUCCUGCAGGAAAGCUGGUGUGCUUGAGCAGAGUGUGACAUGCUGACAUGUCACAUUCAGCAUGUGUGACAUCCAGCCUGUCCUGACAUGCUUUGGGACACAAGUAUUGGGCUGGCUUUCAACAAGUGGUGAUUAGGCAAUACACAGAUAUCUAUGUUUUAAAUAUUAAUUGGAGCUUCACUUUUUGCUGUGUUCGAGUAUUUCCUGAAUUUGAAAGGAGUGAACUCUAUCCACAGUUCACCAGGCCAGUUUGUUAGACAUCUUGUUCCUCCAGUUCUCUGCAACAGUAAGGCAGUAUCCAAAGUGUUUGUAAUUCCUUGAAACAGAGUUGAAGUAUUAAUUGUUCUAGUUAAAUAUGCAUUCUGCUGCAAAAUUUAAACCACCUCUUGUUCGCCUUCUCCCUACUCUUCCUGUUUUUCUCAUUUUCACCAUUCUUCCUGUAGCCUAAAAUCUCUGGGUUUUUCCUGUAGGUAACUGUAGGUCUUCUGCAAUAAAAUAGUGAUAAAAUGACAUUUGAAUAAACUCAUGAGAGAACCUAGGGAGUGUGACCUGUCAACUCUGGUUGACAAAGACAGCUCUGCCCAAGUCCAAGAUCACCUAUGUCUUUGUCAUUCCUUGACAGAAAACUGUUCUGGAUACUGAAUGAUUGCUACAUUGCACUGUGUUCUAAUCCCUUACUGUUUCAGAAAAUUUCCUGAUAUUUCUGUAAGUCAGACUCUUUAUUAUGUAUUCUGUUUGUAUUGUUAAAGCAAUUUUAUGUAUCUGAAAACUGUUACAAUGCUUUGUUUCAGUUUUUCCUUAUGGAUCGGGAUUUGUAAAGCUCUGAGAUGUUUCACUGUCCUGCAGCCUCCUUCUUUGGUCACUUUUCCAGUAGGCAUGGCACCCCAAGCUGCACAGAGUGAUCCAGUUAAAACCUCAGUGUUUAAUAAAGGAAUAUAUUUAGUGUGUACAAAAAUGCCAUUGAUCAAAUGUAGUGUCCUUCCUUUUCCUAACACACCGUUGCCUGCAGUUUGUAGCUCCUGUCACUCCCUAUCCAUCUCCAUGUAAUUCCUGCCUACUCAGAUUUUCUUAUUUUAUGCUUCUCCAGAUGAUUAUUCUGAAGGGUUCUAUUUUGCACUUCCUGUUGAAGCUCUGGUCUGUGACAGCUUAGCUGGCUGAAUUGCAGCAGACAAGUUACUGGAGACUGAACAGAAGGAAUGUGAGAAGGAACCAUUGAAGAUUUUGUACUAGAAGUAUCAGAAUUCUACAUUUUUGAUGAAUGGCAUCUUUGAUGAAUUGUCUGAACCAGUGCAAAACCUUUGAGAAAAAUGUGUAUUCUAAACUGUUACCUCAGUCUUCUCCUUAAGGAAGAGAAUAUUAAAACUUUAACAAUACACAGGACUACAAUUUUUCCCUGAGAGCAAAUUCUGCUGGAACCAGCAUGUGCAAUCAAAAUCUUUCUUAGUGUGAAGUGAAGCCAUGAAAGGAUCUUUGCAGCUUCUUUCUGUGGAAGUUGUUUCUUCCUCAGGAGACAGGGAACAGCAGAUGCUGAUUGACCCCUCAAGGGAAGAGCAGAUGAAGUGGGAACAGCUACUUAGAACUCCCUGCACUUAAAUACUAAAGCAUGAACAGUUCAGCAAGAGGAGUACAGACAGAUAUUAGUGUGGUGUGAAGUCUAGAGGAGCUGCAGCCUAGGAAAAGAAAAUGAAGAUGUAAACCUUGGCAUGAAAGGGUGUUGGAAAGCAAGGAUUUAUUCCAGCAGUGUUGGGAGGGAAUAAGGGCUGCUCCACCAGGUGAGUGCAUUGUAGUACAGAACAAGGACAGGUCUUGAUGUAAAGGACAGACUAUUGUCUUAUUCUCAGCAGAAGGCUCUAGAAAAAGUAAUUCUUGGUAAAAGCAAAGUCGCUGAAGGAGUAGAAGAAAAGGGUAUCAUUCAGUGAUACUUCUUGGAUUGGAUUGUAUUAUAAAUUACCAUAUAAAUUACCAGUUUAUAAAUAUAAAUUGUUUAUGCCCAUAUGAGAAGGAAGGGAACUGAUUACAUCAAGAAGAGCAAUUUGUUGUACCUUCCCUUGCUUAGGUACAAUAAAAUGUUCAGAUGCAGAGGGUUCCUUGCUAAAAGUUGCAGAGUAGUAUUUAUCUCUCAUAGAUUUUUUUCAAGAAGAUACAGCAGAACUGGAAACUCGAAGUUUGAGUGUAAACCUGCAGUAAUCCACUGUCAGAAGAAUUGUGUAGGUGUAUAAAACUGAUUUCAAAGGGAAUGAAGAGGUGUGACUUGUGAAUUGCUACUUUUUAAAGAUAAAAAAUUAGUUCACAUGUAGGUCAUGUUAAAAAAAGAAAGUAAUUUUUUGUCCUUAUCUCUUUAUUAUGCACAUUUUUAUAGAUUUUUUUGGUUGCCUGUAGCCUUUCUUCUAUUUUAAAUAUUCUCAAAAUUUUAUUGAGAUAAAAAUGUUAAGAGAUGUAAUAAUACUGAUAUAUCAAGUGAUUUAGCAUUAGAAAAGACAGAUUUUCAGUGGCCAUUUGAAAACAAGGCUUGAUGUGUUAUGUCAAUCCAAAAUUAAAUCUAUGCAGUUGAGCCUUGAGCACUUGUGUUUGUAAUGUAUUGUUCUUUUAAAGCUGUCUCUGUCUUGUGUCCCUUCCUCUCCAGCCCAGUCCCUUUGUCCUGAGCUGUGCUGUGACCCCAUUGCACCAUUCACCUCCAGAGGAUCCACUUCCCCAGGGAUGGAUCCUGGUCCCUGUGCUGUAUCAGCCAGGAGAGGAGAAGGACAGACCCUGCUGUCACCAAGGUCACCCCAAAUCUCUCCUGAGCCUCGUCCAAAAAGGUUCUGGAAUUUAGAGUUCCUUAUGGCAGGACACUUCUUCUGGUAUUGCCAUGAGCAUUUUAAAAUGUUAUCAGACAAUAAUUGCUAUCACAGCUUUUAAUUCUGUGUUUCUGUUUCAAAUUUUCCUCAGUUCGAUCAGAACCAAAAGUUAAUGCCCAUUGGCUAAUUUCCAGUGCAUGCCUCCACAGAACAACUGCUGCCUUUAACUGGUGGAGAGAUCAAGGCUUGAACUGACAAAAGACAUCUGUAUUUUGGAAAACAAAUUAAUGUUUAUGUUUUAAUUUAUAAGUUCCUGGCUCUUUUAUGGUUCCUGUUUUUCAAGUAAUGUCUCUUUGGAUCCCUAGCUGAUGGAGAGUCAAAAUGGAAAAGGCCCAUGAGAGAAUUAUCACAAUAGAACAUCUGGUCUGCAUUGGAAAAAGCUGAGAAAGAUAUUCAACAUCUCUGAGACUGAGGCAGCCAUGAGGCAGUUUGAAAGUCAGUCCAUGAAAAAUUGUGCAGGUUGUGGCCACCUGGGCCAAUCUAGUGUUGUUUUGGGAAGAGCUACUCUGCUCAUGAGCAUCUGAAUUUUAAUCUCCCUUGAGCAUGGAUAUGUGAGAGCUGGGAGUGGUAUGAAAGGUGUUUGCUUUCCAUAAUGUUAAUCUGAGUCCCAGCAUUGUCCUAAUUAUAUUGUGGGUUUUUGCCAGUCUCCCAGAUUUUUUUUGAGCACGUAGGCUGGAGUCAAAAGGCUUUCCCAGGGCUUUUGGCAUAGCUUUACAGGAAAGUGGAUGGAAAGGACUUUGUAUAUUUUUGCAAGAAUAUUUUGCAUCCUGCUUUAAACUAUUCCAGAAGGUAAAAGGACAUUAGCUAGACUGUGUUGGCUCAUGUACUGCUAUGUCACUAAUGAGAAGGAGUUUUAUUCCUGUUUUCUGCAGUCACAGACUGUAAGAAAUGCAAAGAAAUCAUGGACCAACCAGGGCAGUAAAGGUAUCCCUGGAUUCAGAGGGAACAAACUCCUUCCACCACAUGGAACUUUGGUCCUUUAAGUCAUUAUAGCUCAUGCAGAACAGAAACAAUUUGACAUGUAUAACAAGAAACAUUGCAAAUUGUUUGCCAAACAAAGACUUAUACUACAGAUGGAAGAACUGAUGAAAAUUGUUUAUAGAUGGGGAGCUAAAUGUAGAUUUUUCAAGAACAAGGUUGCUGUCUUCCUUGCCAAGACAAACAAAUCUGAUAGGCCAUCUCAUUGCUUUAGGCUGCCUGAGGACCCACUGGAAGGUCUAUGGACCUUUUUCCACAGAAAAUUUGUGUAUUGUCAAUACAUAAGUGUAUUGUCCACAGUUACACUGUGGCAGCUGCAGAGGAAGUGGAAGGUUCUCAGGAAUACAUUAGGGAGAACUGGAUUUUUGGCUUCUGAAACAGUGUGGAGUGCUUUUGGAAACUGUGGAAGUUUAUAAGCUGGAUGUUACUGCUACAAAAGGUUAUCUUUGAGUAAACUAUAAUACUAAUUAAUCUGCUAUCUUUAAAUCUUAACACUAACAACACAAUGAAAUUGAGAAUUCCUGUCUUCUGGAAUUGCAGUUUCCAAGGUGCCUGUAUUCCUGUGAGCAUACCCUGGUCUGCAUUUAGAGAUUUUCAGUUACCUUUAGAAAUCUGUGCACAGAUGUUUUUGCAAAGCACUGUGUAAUCAUCCCAAACAAUGGUUUUAAUGGGCCAGUUAUUUAGGAAAUCAUGUAAUGAGAACAUAAAUACAAUCCCUGAUACUGACAUAAAACAUGUAUUAGCAAAAUUAUAUAGUUUGUAUUUCCUUGAUAUAGAGCAGACCCUGGAAAUACAUAACUCAUCAUGUCCUUAAAAUUCUGUUAUAUCUGUAAACAUCUAUAUUGGCAGAGAGACCCAGCAGCAUCCUGGGCUGCAUUAGGAAGAGCAGUGCUAGGAAGUCAAAGGAGGUGAUCAUUGCCCUUUGCCCAGCAGUGGUGAGGCUCCAGUGGGAGUGCUGUGCCCAGUUCAGGGCUCCCCACAGCAGGAAGGACGUGGACAUGCUGGAGGAAGGGCAGGAAAGGACCAUGAGGGUGGACAAGAGGAACAUCUGUCCUGUGGCUGCCCAGGGAGGUUUUGAAGUUGACAUCAUUGAAGAAACUCCAAACUCAGCUGAGCAAGGUCCCGAGCACCCUGCCCUGGGUGAUCCAGCUCUGAGCUGGGCUUGGGCUGAGUGAUCUCUGGAGAUGCUUCCAGACUGGGAAUAUUUGAGGCAGUUUGCUUGUGUCUUGUCAGUGUUUUAGCUGCAACUCAACUGUGGAGGAAUCCUGAGGAGAGCAAAGGCUGUGACCCCAGAAAUUCAUCCAGAUGGCUGAGGCCCAGAAAAGGCAUAAUGGGAGCUGCUAAGUACUCUGAAUGUCUCAUCAGAGUGAUAUUUCACUUGAAAAUACAAAAUAGAAAUUACUUGGGUCUUAAUGACACUGAAUACCCAUAAUGUUCUCUCACUUCAGCUGGACUGCAGAUGGUAACCUCUCUCUAUCUGAACAUGUUUAUUUUAGUUUAAUCUUGCUCUGUACAAUCUUAACAUAUAUUUUACUCUAGAAAUUAAUACUUGGUGCUUUACAGUGCAGAAUUUAUUUGCUUGUUUGUUCCACACUUUUUUUCCUUGAUAUUAAAAAAUUACAAUCUACUUUGACAUAUUACUUCAGUAAUAAGCACAUACUAUGUCUCAAGGAGUUGAAAAUAUCUUAAUUUGAUCAAGGUAAAAUCAAAAUACAUCAUUACAUUGCAUAUUCUAUGGCACUUAGUUUGUAGCUGUUCUUACAGUACCUUCAAAAUAAUAAAGAAGAUGAAAUUCAAAAAAGGCUUUCAUAGUUUAAAAAUAUUUAUGUUGAAACAAGAUUUAUGUUGAAAGGCAAAGAUAAUUUUUUUUAAUCAUCUGCAUAGUGGUAGAAAAAUUUACCUGUGGUUUCUCUUUAUGAAAAGGAGCUAACUUGCAGUAUUGAGAAUUCCCAGGUCCUUCUUCUUUUGAAAAGUCUUUGUCUUUUUUGUUGCCUCUUAAGGAAAAAUGAAAGCACACUGAAAAACAAGAAAUUGAGCAACAUUGAACAAGUAAUUAGUAACUGCUGCUGCAAUUUUGUGGAUAAAAACUUCCAUGCAGAUAUAUCCAGAGCCAUUAAUGAGGAUGCACUAUGCAACUAAUUGCAAUGGGGAACAAAAUUACAUUAAUGGUGCCUAAGGAGAAAGAGAAUCUCUGCACUCAGUGUGCAAUGCUGCUGUUUGCAGAGGAAGGACACCAGCUGCAGCAAGAGUAGUGUCUGUUCCAGAGUGAGGGAUGAGCUCCACUGGGCAUGAGUUGGCUUCCCUGGCUGCAGUGCUCAGUAUUUCAUUUUAGCAAGUCUGACAUUGCUCCAAGUCUUCAUCUCCUCCUGCACUUUAUGCUACUGCAAGAGCAGGUUGUAUGCUAUUGAAGAGAGAGAAAUAGAAAGUGCAAUUGAGUGUUUUAUUUCAUGCUCCCCAAGUUUACUCAGACACACCCAGAGAGAAUGUGUGCUGCACUCAACUUGGAGAUCUUGUGUUAGAAAUCCUGGCUCCCCUGUGCUUUCCUGCUUUGCCUGUGGCUGAUAAGAGAGUUCAUAACAGGAACCCCUGUUACCUCAGCUGCAAAAGGUUCUGAGAAUCAAAUGGCCAAGAGAGUGGAAUUUAAAUUUAUUUUUGUUUGUCUUGUGUUUCAGCAAGCAUUUAAAAGAUGCCCCAGUUUAUCUCUGUCAGAGAUUGUUUUCCUUUUGGCUUAGCUUGGACACCAGUCUCACUGUUGAGUUUACAUUUAUGGAGUGGGAC